AUGAUUACGACUAUUCAAGCCCUCGUUUCUAGCCUCUGGGCUUACUUCCUUUCUGUCUUCUUCGGCGUGCUCCCUUCAUCGAUGCAGCUCCUCAUGCGCCGCAUCGUGCACGCGCUCACGGUGACCACAGUCAUCUCGGUGGUCUCCUCGGCGCCCCCUGGCUUCCCCGCCUCAGGCAAUGGUCUCUGGUACACAAGUCCUGGCACCAUUUGGGCCCAAGAGCUGCUUCCAAUCGGAAAUGGUUACCUCGCAGCUAUGCUUCCCGGCGGCAUCCAACAGGAGUCGACGCAGUUGAACCUCGAGUCACUUUGGAGUGGGGGGCUCUUCCAGGAUCCGUCAUACAAUGGAGGAAACAGCCCCGCAUCGGAUCAGGAGCAGCUGGCGCAAGACAUGCAAUCUAUUCGGCAGCAGAUUUUUGCCAGCCCCAAUGGCACCAUCAACAACAUUGAAGAGAUCAUGUCUCCUAUUGUUGCCUAUGGCGGUUAUGGGGGAGCUGGAUACUUGCUUGCCACUUUGAACACGUCGUCAAGCACCCCUUCUAGCUACUACCGAUGGUUGGAUCUGGACGAAGCCGUUCAACGCACUCUGUGGACCCAGGAUGGCGAAACAUACACCCGCGAAUCAUUCUGUUCACACCCGCUCCAAGCAUGCGUUCAGUAUCAGAACACGACGGGAUCAUCCCUUCCAUCCCUGACGUAUGCCUACUCCGUUGCCGCUGAGGCCGGAAUUCCGACCCCCAACGUGACAUGUAUGGACAACGCGACGCUGAGCAUCAGAAACUAUAUUUCCAGUCCCGGGAUGCUGUACGAGAUCAUCGCGCGCGUUGAGGCGCCCGGCGGUACAUCGAGUUGCACCGUCGUUAGCUCCAACCCGACGAACGCGACACUCACUGUCACGGGUGCCAAGGAGGCCUAUAUCACAUGGGUCGGCGGCACCGACUACGACAUCUCCGCGGGCACGGCCGCGAGCAACUUCUCGUUCCAAGGCCCGGACCCGCACAGCGCGCUCGUGUCCAUCCUCAGCUCGGACAAUCUGCAGUCCAGCUCGUACGAGACGCUCCUUGCGCAGCACAUCGCCGACUACCAGAGCAUCAUGUCCCCGUUCUCGCUCUCGCUCGGCCAGACGGCGGAUCUGUCGACGCCAACGGAUCAACUCGUGGCCUCGUACCAGACAUAUGUCGGGGACCCCUACCUCGAGUGGCUCACGUUCAACUUUGGCCGAUACCUGUUGGCUGGGAGCGCUCGUGGUAUCUUACCCGCCAAUUUGCAGGGUAAGUGGGGCCAGCUCACGGAGAAUGCGUGGGGAGCGGACUCGAACAUCAACAUCCAGAUGAACUACUGGUUUGCUGAGAUGACCAACCUCAACGUCACGCAGUCUCUGUGGAACUACUUUGAGGAUACGUGGGCGCCUCGCGGGGCUGAAACUGCACAGAUCCUUUAUAAUAUCAGUCAAGGAUGGGUCACCCACGAUGAAAUCUUCGGGUACACCGGCAUGAAGCUCGACGGCAACUCCGCACAGUGGGCCGAUUACCCCGAGUCCAAUGCCUGGAUGAUGAUUCACGUGUGGGACCACUUCGAUUACACUGGCGACGUCGCGUGGUGGAAAGCUCAGGGAUGGCCUCUUCUCAAGGGUGUCGCAAGCUUCCACCUCGAGAAGCUUAUUGAGGACCUGCAUUACAACGAUGGUACCCUGGUCACCGCCCCGUGCAACUCUCCAGAGCAAGCUCCGAUCACAUUUGGUUGCGCCCACGCUCAGCAGCUUAUUUGGCAACUCUUCAACGCAAUUGAGAAAGGUUACGCUGCCGCCGGCGACGAUGACACGGAGUUCUUGGACUCUAUUCAAGAGAAGCGUCAGAGCAUGGACAAAGGUCUUCGUAUUGGAUGGUGGGGGCAGCUGCAAGAAUGGAAAGUAGACAUGGAUCAGCCCAACGAUACCCACAGGCAUUUGAGCCACCUCAUCGGUCUUUACCCGGGCUACGCUAUUGCUUCGUAUGAUCAGGCCAUCCAGGGAGGCCUGACCGUCAACGGAACCUCCCUUAACUACACCAAGCAGCAAGUUCUGGACGCUGCAGGGAUCAGUCUGCUUCAUCGUGGAAACGGGACUGGUCCGGACGCGGACUCGGGUUGGGAGAAGGUCUGGAGAGCAGCGUGCUGGGCACAGCUCGGCAAUGCGACUGAGUUCUACAAAGAACUAACUUACACAAUUGACGAAAACUGGGGCUCGAACCUCUUCGAUCUUUACUACCCCAACUCGACGACAUUCCAGAUCGACGCCAACUUUGGUUUCCCCGCAGCCCUCCUGAAUUCCAUACUCCAGGCACCUGAUGUCGCCAGCUACGACAUCCCCCUCCAAGUCAACCUCCUCCCCGCGCUGCCCUCGGCGUGGCCCUCGGGCUCGAUCACCGGCGCCCGCAUCCGCGGCGGCAUCACUCUCGACCUCGAAUGGAGCAACUCGAAGCCGACGUCGGCCAAGUUCACCGUCGACAGUGACGUCUCGGGCCGCGAGCGCAACGUCGUGGUCAACUUUGGCGGGCAGACCGUCGGGUCAUUCGCCACGAGCAGUGGGUUGACCAAGACACUCACGUUCUAA